UUCACUCCGUUAGCGAACUAAGCGCCACGAACGUUCUUUUCGGGAAACAUUGGCCGCCGCGUGUCGACGUGAUUUCCGCAGUUUUUGAUUAAAAAAUGGUUAUUAAGAAGGGAGGACCAAAAGGCCGCCCAGGGGGCAAACACAAGAAGAAACGCGUGGGGAAGAAAGUUGCACCUCCGCCCCUAGCUGUGAAGAAAGUGGAGCCCAAGAAGGUGGUUAAUCCACUCUUUGAGAAGCGCCCCAAGAACUUUGGCAUUGGUCAAAAUGUUCAACCCAAGAGGGAUUUGGCUCGUUUUGUCAAGUGGCCAAAAUACAUCCGUAUCCAGCGCCACAAGUCGGUGCUGCAGAAGCGUCUGAAGGUGCCCCCGCCUGUAAAUCAAUUCACCCAGACGGCCGACAAGCAGACGGCGGUGCAGCUUUUCAAGUUGCUCGAGAAGUACCGUCCGGAAUCGGAAUUGGCCAAGAAGGCACGUCUCCGGGCUGCUGCUGAGGCCAAGGCAAAGGGCAAGGAGGCCCCACCAUCCAAGAAGCCCAAUACCAUUCGCUCUGGAACGAACACCGUGACAAAGCUUGUGGAGCAGAAGAAAGCUUCCCUCGUUGUCAUUGCCCAUGAUGUUGAUCCCAUUGAGCUGGUUCUCUUCCUCCCGGCCCUGUGCCGCAAGAUGGGUGUCCCAUACGUGAUUGUGAAGGGAAAGGCACGUCUUGGAGUGCUCGUGAGACGUAAGACCUGCACUUGUGUGUGCCUCACGCAAGUUGAUGGAAAUGACCGCGUGACCCUCGGGAAGCUCGUUGAGACGGUGAAGAAUAACUACAACGAGCGGUACGAUGAGAUCCGCAAGCACUGGGGUGGUGGAUUGUUGGGCUUCAAGAGUAUCGCCCGCCAGAGGAAGUUGGAGAAGGCCAAGGCGCGUGAAUUGGCCCAGAAACAUGCAUAGAAAACCCAUGUAUUCUCCGAAAUGGGAAAUACAAAAAUAAAAUAAAAAUAUAAGAAGUUUUUCAGUGA